AUGAAGCUUGCCACCGUUUGGUUAAUCUUGUGGUUUUCCGUAGGCAGUUUGGCACUGAUUGGAAGCGUCACCGCGCAACGGAAGCAACGACCGAAAGGUGACUACAACUACGGCACCACUGCCGUUCCGCCUUCGCAAACCAAUCCAGCACGAGGUUUACCACAUCCGGAUAUGAACUUAACGAGAACGAAAACGCCGAUCCUUCAAUCGGCUGGCAAGAGAUCGUUCCCAGACUGGAAAGUGAUUUCGCUCUCGGAGGAACUCGAACCUGUCGUGGGCGCCGAGUCUGAAGUUCAGGAGCUGGUGGCAGCCGUCGGCAAGAAAGCACCUGUAACUCCAGCACCGGGUGUUCCAUCCGUCAAUGCCACGUCAACUCCUAACGAGAAAAGUGACUCCUUCCGUUCGUACAUGGAAACGCACCGCAAAAAGUAUUACGCCCAGUACCGGGCUCAGCGCCGGCGGUCCGCCUACAUGGACAACCUGGAGGAGAUCAACGAGCACAACAAGGAGUUUGCGGCGGGCAAGAACCGAUUCCGGCUGGCACCGAACGCGUUCGCCGACAUGCAAAACAGCGAGUACCGGAAGCGACUGAUACGGCUAAAGAUGGACCCACACCGUAAGCUGAGUCCAAGCAUCUCGGACGAGAUCGUCAGCUCUAGCAACGACCUGCCGGAGUCGCUCGAUUGGCGAGAGAAGGGCUUCAAGACGCCGCAGGCAAACCAGAAGUCGUGCGGUUCCUGCUACGCCUUCAGCGUGGCGUACGCCGUGUCGGCCCAGCUGAUGAAGCACAUCGGGCGGGUGGAGCUGGUGAGCGAGCAGCAGAUGGUGGACUGCUCCACCGCCACCGGGAACUUGGGCUGCGGAGGAGGAUCUCUGAGAAACACCCUGAAGUACCUGGAGCAAACCGGUGGAGUGAUGCGAGCGUCCGAUUAUCCGUACACGUCCUCGACAUCGGGGAAAUAA